GAGGACGAACGACAGCUUCGGCGAGAGAGCCGGCAGGCCUGGAAAUCGUGCGUGGAAGAGCUCCAAGGAGGUGCCGCGCGUCUCUGGCAGAAGCGCCUUGCGAGCUCGCAAAAGAUUGCCAGGUUUGCCGACCUGCCCGAGGAGGGUGAAGGCUUUCAGGCCUGGGGAGAGGGAUCCAUCCUCGAAGGUAAGUCGCCCUCUCGUCGUUCCUGGAGACCGUCUCAGGCGCAGCACGAGCUGAUGCAGGCCCUGAAGUUCCAGCUGACCG